AUGGAGAAGAUAGAGCACACAACUAUUUCCACAAACGGCAUAAACAUGCACAUAGCAUCAAUCGGUACAGGUCCAGUAAUCCUAUUCCUCCAUGGCUUCCCUGACCUCUGGUACUCAUGGAGACACCAGCUCCUCUCUGUCUCCUCCCUCGGCUACCGUUGCAUAGCCCCUGACCUUCGUGGUUACGGUGACACUGAGGUGCCCAAGAAUCCUAGAGAAUAUACAGUAUUCCACAUCGUGGGCGACCUUGUGGGGUUGAUUGACUCGCUGGGCAUCGAUAAGGUGUUUUUGGUGGGUCAUGAUUGGGGGGCAAUGGUGGCUUGGCAUUUUUGCCUGUUCAGGCCCGACAGAAUUAAGGCCUUGGAACCUGGAGAGGUUGAAGAAGACUUUGCUCAAAUGGAUACUGCAAGAAUAAUUAGAAGAUUUCUGACCUCUCGUAAUCCAAAGCCACCUUGUGUACCUAAAGAAGUAGGAUUCAGAGGUUUACCCGACAAUCCAAAUUUGCCUUCUUGGUUAUCAGAAAAAGACAUCAACUAUUAUGCCGACAAAUUCAACCAGACAGGCUUCACUGGAGGAUUGAACUACUAUCGAUGCUUGGACCUAAACUGGGAGCUGAUGGCAGCAUGGACUGGGUUACAAAUUAAAGUACCGGUUAAGUUUAUUGUGGGUGACCUGGACAUCACCUAUCAUAUGCCUGGAGUUCAAGAUUAUAUAAACAAAGGUGGCUUAAAAAAUAUGUCCCCUUCUUGCAAGAAGUAG